AUGAAAUUUAGGAAGUCUACUCUACGUACUGUAAUGAAACCUCUAACGCUUGGUAUAGUUUUUCUUCUGGCAGCUGUAGCAGUAUCAGAUUAUGAUCAAGAAUGCGGUGAAGUUGUGGAAGAAAUUACGGAUACAAUUGAGAUGGUGAAAGAGAUCAGAGAACCGGGAGCUAUAGAAGGUUAUGGUCUGUUGUUCCUUCCAACUUUAAACUUUGGACCAGAUGGAAUAUUGUUCUUUGAAAAAAUGCUGGGGCAUAUUGAUGUUGUGAUCAGGAAAGGUGGUUAUUUAAAUGAAAGUGAAGCUGUAAAAUUGGCACAGGAGAUGUCAGGUUUCGUUAAAGCCCAUGAAGAACUAUGUUUUCAAAUUAUGGAAUACUUCAGUGUUCUGUCAAAUUGGAAGGUGCUAAUAACCCUUCAAUUAAAAGAGGAGACAGCAAUUGCGCUGUACAAGGAAAUCGCUAUUCUCAGCAACAUCUUGAAGAGCCCGGCCACUUACGAUAACAAAACAUCGUUUUUUAACGCUUUGGCUAGACAUCCAGAUCUUGAAGCCAUUGGAAUUCUUGUAAAAAACGUUAUUAAAUGUGUCGAAGAGGAACAAAAAGAAGAUACAAUAGAACAAGGUACGCAAGCCAUGGCUAUAUUUUUGAAAGCAGCGUUUGCAGACGGCGCAACUGUUGACGUGCCUACACUUGAGAAGCAUUUUUGUCAACCAGGCUUGGCAAUUCCAAAUACUAGUGUUUUCCUCCAGAAAUUCUCUACUUACGCUGACCGAAAAUUUAAUGGAGAAGAAUAUGAUAAGUGUUUUUUGGACGCUAACGAUCGUAGAAUAUUAAAAACUGUUCAGGAAAGUAACGUAGUUACGCUCACCAGUGAACAGCUAAAUGAAAUUCGUGAGAAAAGCGAGAAAAUUUAUGCAUUUAUCUAUUUAAUCAACGAUAAUGUCGAAAAGAUACAAAAAUGCGCAGAGUUGGAUACCGAAGCAAAAACUUUUUUCAAAAAGAUGGUUACUACUCCUCAUAUAGUGUCAAUUGAAGUUUCUAACGGAGCUAUACUCAGGAUGAAACAUUUUGCGGAGGAUUUUGCCAAAGAGUUCAGCAAUCUUUCUGCUACAGCAAGGAAACAAUUGAUCGGGCAAUAUCCCUACCAUAUCUCUCUAAUUCUUUCUCUAAGUAAUUAG